CACACAUAAAAUGGCUGAGUCAGAAAAUCAGUUCAGAAGAAAAGUGAACGUAAAGGACAAACUGACACAAGAAAAUGUUACAGAUGAGUCACUACCUACUCUUGGAGAUGAAAGUGAUUAUAAGAGCUCUCAAACAGAAGAGGAUCACAGAGAAUGUAGGCGAGUGAUUGAGAUACAGAAUCAAAUUUUGAAAGACAACAAGCGUAAAGCAGAAAUUGAGUUCCAAACAUUUAUGGACAUGCACCGGAUAACAGUGGGGAAGCUUCUAGAUGUGACGGUUAAAGAAUAUGAAAAAAAUAAAGAAAUAGAGCGUCUUCAAAAAGAAAACAGAAACCUGACUAAACGACUAGAGAAAAAGGAGGAGCAAAUGAACCAAGCUUUACAAGCUAAAGAAGAGGCACAUAGGCGUAUCUUGGACGGCAACGAGAAGGAGUUGUUCAGCCUAAAUCAAGAAAACAAAGAAUUACAAGCAUUAUUAAAAGCAGUACAUGGAGAUCUUCUUGAAGCCAAAGAUAAGUUAAAUGAGACAGCUACGCGGAUGGAUGGAAAAUUAAAUCAGGCAAGCAAGAGCACAGACUUGGAGACAUCAAUUAGAGAGAAUGACGAGAUUAUAAACUACAACCAAAACAACCUUACAACUGUCUGCCCAUCCACCCUGUACAGCGAGUCAGAAGACGUUUCUGACAGUUAAGGCGAUACUUAUUUUCAGUGGGAAAUACUAAUGUCAUCGGUGCUAGGAGAUUUUUGGGGGAUUGUGAAAAGUUUGGGACAAAAAGACGAAGAAUAUGUUUCUGAGGAAGAUCGAUCAAUUACAAGGGAGUACAGAAAACCGAUUGAAACUGAACUUAAUUUAACUUGCCAUGAUGUUCUAAAUGCUGUUGACUACAAUCUUAUUCCAAAGUUGUGUAGUAUUAAAUGGCAGGAGAUUACCAUAUAACUGAAUUUGCCACUGGGAAUGAUAGAAAAGAAGCUUCUGAAAACAGUUUAGUUGACUACAAAGCUGCAAGCGACAUUUCUAUGACAGAGUUGGUCCCUACAUAUCCUAUUCGUCUCGGUGUGGCACUCAACUUCUUAGUAUUUUACUUCGAGAUUUUGAAUUCUCCUGAUCGUUCUUGUCGGCUUGCCAAAGCAGCAUUUGAUGAAGCUAUAAAUAGUUGGUUUCAAUUUGUCAUCUUCAUUUUGUUUACUUUGCAUUCGUGAACAAUUCAUCUACACUUUUAAAAACUUUUCAUAAAUGUUUCUAUUCAUCCUUCAUAGGAUUCCUCCUUGAAAUGAAUGAUUUUGUGCAUGGAUGUCAUUAAUAUUAUGUCUGUUGUAUAAAUAGUUGUAAAAAUGUAAAGAUUGGUGUCCUACACCAAUAAAACAAGUUCACAUUUCAAACCUAAUUUGUUUUUUACAACCGAAGCAAAGGUUCAAUGUUAUGUAUCCAGUGACAAUUAUUUGAAGCAUAACUUGUGUAAACCACAUUUCAAUUCUUAACAAUAUAAUUAUAAACAAAUAUUUUAAAAUCUAAAUAUUACCCUACUGGGUCUUUUGAUUUUUCCAAUUUCUGCAAGUUUAAAACUCAUUCGUACUUACAUUUAACUUCUAAAUGCCUAUUUAAAAAAUGUUCAAGUCAGUAUACAAAACAAUACAUUCAUGUUUUAGUCACUAUCCAUGGUUACAAAGUCUUUAACUUUUAAGUGCAAGGAGGGUUAAUCAUAACCAUUGGUUUCAAUUGCAUACGAUUAUUUGCAUUUGAUUAUAAGUAAUCACUUAAGUUAUCAUUAUUAAAUCUUCAAUGCUCAG